UUUUUAAUACGACGUGUCACACAUACUGGUGCACACACAACCACACAGCUGUGUUUAUAGUUUUAUAAUUGUUGUUAUUUAAAAACAAUGGUCGACGAUAGCACCAGAAAAACACUGAGCAGCAUACCACUGCUACAAAUCCGUGCCGGGCCACGUGAGAAAGAUGUUUGGGUGCAGCGCCUCAAAGAGGAAUACCAAGCGCUCAUUAAGUAUGUGGAGAACAACAAGCAGUCGGGCAGCGAUUGGUUCCGUCUCGAGUCCAACAAGGAGGGCACCAAAUGGUUCGGCAAGUGCUGGUAUAUGCACAAUCUCCUCAAAUAUGAAUUCGAUGUCGAAUUCGACAUUCCCGUUACGUAUCCGACCACGGCACCGGAAAUAGCGCUGCCCGAACUCGACGGCAAGACGGCCAAAAUGUAUCGCGGUGGCAAAAUCUGCCUAACGGAUCACUUUAAGCCGCUGUGGGCUCGUAAUGUGCCCAAAUUUGGCAUUGCUCAUGCCAUGGCCUUAGGUCUGGCUCCUUGGUUGGCUGUCGAAGUGCCUGAUUUAAUCGAGAAGGGCAUCAUCACGUACAAGGAAAAGUCGUGAGGCAGCAGCAACAGCUUUGUGAACAAAAUUCCCUAUUAGACAAUUUAUAGCAACUAUUUGAGUUCCGGUUUCUUACAAAUUAAUGCAUUUUUAUACAUAUAUUUUAAUUUUUGUACGACGCUGUCUCAAAUCCCUUGUAUAAAAGUUUUUCCGUCAUUUGUAAA